CACCAUUCAUAGCUCCUCCUUGGGAAAAACAACCCCAGUACAGUUCAAAUCAAACUCAAAACACCAGUCCUCUUCCUCACAAACAAACUUCUUCUGCAACUCGUGUUUGCAGAUGCCAUGCAUGCAUACUUGUUUGAAAGUGAAGAUUGAAACUUUGCCAUUAUUAUUCCGUAGACUCCAAACCAUGAAGCUAAUUAGUAGAAGUCUGCUGGUAAUUGGCUUUAAGCUGGUUUAUUUCUUCACAUUUUCCAUUUCUUUAACUUCUUCACUCAAUUCAGAUGGUAUUUCACUCUUAGCUCUCAAAGCAGCCAUAACCACAGAUCCAAAACAUGUUCUUUCCACCUGGAAAGAAUCAGACUCCACCCCAUGCAGGUGGGCUGGGAUCACCUGUGAUCAGACCCACCAAAAUGUCGCCUCCAUUUCCCUCUCCAACAAAGGCCUCACCGGCUACAUUCCCUCUGAGCUUGGUGCACUUUCGUCACUUUCUUCCAUCACUCUUUCCUUCAACAACUUCUCCAAAAUUAUCCCUCUUCACCUCUUCAAUGCUACCUCACUGAGCUCGAUUGACCUCUCCCAUAACAACCUCUCUGGACCCCUGCCACACCAGAUCAUUUCCCUCAAGAACCUCACUCAUCUUGAUCUUUCCUCAAAUCAGCUCAAUGGGUCCCUCCCUGAGGCCUUAAGCAGCUUGACUAAGCUUUCAGGGACUUUAAAUUUCUCAUGCAACAGAUUUUCCGGCGAGAUUCCGGCGAGUUUUGGCCGGUUUCCGGUGAUUCUGAGCUUGGACCUCCGGGAGAAUAAUCUGACUGGAAAGAUACCUCAGGUGGGCUCAUUGUUAAACCAGGGCCCCACUGCUUUUUCUGGGAAUCCUUCCCUUUGUGGGUUUCCACUGGAGAUUCCAUGCAGUACUCAGCCUGAAGCUGCUGAAAAUCCAAGAAUUUUGCCGAACCCGGAAAAACCGAGUCUUUUAUCAGAUGGGGUAGUGGCGAAAGGGAAAACGAAAAGUGGGUCGAUGGUGAUUCCCUUAAUUUCUGGAGUUUCAGUGGUGAUUGGGGUGGUGUUUGUAUCAAUGUGGGUGUUCAGGAAAAGGUUGAAUCUUGCGGAGGGUAAAACGGGAGGAGAAAAGUUCGAGAAAGAGAAGGAGAUGGAGAGGGAUAUUGGUUUUGCAGGUGGUAGUGAGGAGGGGCGAAAGGGUAAAUUUGUGGAAUUAGAUGAAGGGCUUGGGUUGGAAUUAGAGGAUUUGUUAAGGGCAUCUGCUUAUGUGGUGGGGAAGAGCAGAAGUGGUAUCGUAUAUAAGGUGGUCGGAGGGGGGAGUGGUGGGAGGAGAGCUGGUGUGGGUGGUUCUACUGUUGUUGCUGUGAGGAGGCUGAGUGAUGGAGAUGGUAUAUUGAAGUUCAAGGAAUUUGAAGCUGAGAUGGAAGCUAUAGGGAGGGUUCAACAUCCCAACAUUGUGAGGUUGAGGGCUUACUAUUAUGCUAGUGAUGAAAAAUUGCUGGUUUCUGAUUACAUCUGCAAUGGAAGCUUGCACAAUGCCCUUCAUGGAGGGCCUGCCAAUUUGCUGCCACCAUUGUCAUGGGCAGCAAGAUUAAGAAUUGCUCAUGGUGCAGCCAGGGGACUAAUGUACAUUCAUGAAUGCAGUCCUCGAAAAUAUGUUCACGGGAACAUAAAAUCCUCAAAAGUCCUUUUAGACGAAGAUCUGCAGCCUUAUCUCUCUGGUUUUGGUCUGACUCGUCUGUUAUCGGGCACGACAAAAUCCUUGAAUGCUGCUUCCAGAAGGCAGAGCUCCAGCCAAAUCACGGUGAGCCCAACAAGUUCAGCUCCCUCAUCCGUCAUGUACACAGCACCUGAAGCUCGAGUACUAGGCAGCAAGUUCACACAGAAAUGCGAUGUCUACUCCUUUGGAAUUUUGCUUCUGGAGAUUCUAACUGGUCAAUUGCCACAUGGUGGGCUGGAUGACGAUGACAAGGGGCUCGAGAGCAAUGUCAGGAAGGUGUUCCGCGAGGAACGGCCCUUGUCUGAGAUUAUAGACCCUGCUCUUCUCCAUGAGGUUCAUGCGAAAAAGCAAGUACUUGCAGCUUUUCAUGUUGCGCUCAAUUGCACAGAACUAGAUCCUGAACUUCGGCCCAGGAUGAGAAUGGUUUCCGAUAGUCUUGAUCGGAUCAAGUUGUCAUAAAGUCAAAAAAGGGACAGAUUUUUGCUGUCAUCUCAACUUUGUAGCUAGUGUAUUGUUGCAAUAUCUCCUAGGAUGUAGAAUAGUUUUAAUUCCUUGUGAAUAUAACUGUGCCUCUUGGAAGUUUUUGCUCUUGAAUUCUUUUUCCCGAAA